AUGGACUACGCCGCUCACGCCGCCGCCGCGGCGCCGCAGGCCGCCGAUCCCCGUGGGGCCUACCCUCCUGGCUACCCCUACGCCUACGCCUACCCGGUGUACCACUACCCCGAUCCCGCCGCCGCCGCCCCCUCCGCCCCCGCCCCCGCCCCCGCCUCCGCCGCCUCGUCCUCCUACUACUACUCCAACCCUGCCGCCCAGGCUAUCACGGGGGCGCAGUACAACCCGUACACCAGCCAAUACCACUACUACGGCGCCCCGGCGACGGACGGGGGGAGUGGCCUCGCGGAUUACUACUUCACCGCCGGCGAGGCCUCUCAGGCCCCGUCGGCGGCCCAGACAGCUCCGGCGGCGUCGGCGGCCGCGGCGGCUGGAAGAGAGGCGGUGAAGCACUUCGGGUUCGAUCCCCAACGCUACGCCCAGGUAGCAGCUGCGAAAGCUCCAAACGGAGUGGCACCAACAGCUGCAGCCACGGUCAUGCAUCAUGCUCAGUGGAAUGCCCAUUUUGGACAUCCUCUGCCGACAAACGUUCGGAGGAGUUUCAGGAAGAAAACUCCAAAAGUUGUGCAGCCAUUACUCUGUGAAGUCUGCAAGAUCCAGUGCGACACCAUGGAGGUUCUCUUGAUCCAUAAAACAGGUCAGAAGCACAAGAAGAAUCUGCAGAAGUUACAAGACGCGAUCACGCCUCAACCAGCAAAGCCUCCGAACAGCAGUGUUGCAGCAAACACAGCACCUCCUGCCGCCGCUGCCGCCACUGCUGAUGGUGUUGUGCCGGCUGUACAGCCAAAGAAGAACAAGAGCUCCAACGCGUCCCCAGCAGACUUGGAGGUGAAGAAGAGGCGGGUGAUCGAGGCUGGAGCGGCUCAUGGCGAAAUGAAGAUCUGCACAGCGUGCAACGUCGUCGUCAACAGCCAGAAGGUCUACGAGUUCCACCUGGCCGGGCAGAAGCACAAGGCCAAUGUACAGAAGCAGCAGAAGCGGCAGCAGCAGCAGCAAGUGCAGCUUCAGCAUGUCGCCUGA